UAGACCUCUUCAGAGUUAUGAAAUCAUCUGAUUGAUCUCGUUUAUAUUUUAAAACUUGGCAAUAUAUGCAUUGCAUUAUAAUUUAGAAGGAAAGUUUUGAUAUUAAUACUUGAAAGUCACAUAAAUCAGUUUUAAUAAUAUUCGUUUUUGACUUUUCGGCUGGUAUGAAAGCUCCAAAGAUUAACCUUUAAGUAACUUCUGGGUAAAUUCUGCAGUACAGCAACAUGGGAGCAGAGAAAAAUCAAAAGCAGUAACAAAAACAGUACCACGAAAUGAGUUUGGGAAGAUCAUUGAAGAACUACAGAUGUUACAAACAGAUAGGAAGAAAGAAUUAGUAAUUGAUAGAGCACAGAUGAGAAAAGUAGCAUUACCCUUGAUAAAGACACCCAAAAUUGAGUUUUCCCGUUUUGAUGUAAACUUUACCUCUGGAGGACGUGGCGAAAGGGUAGUGGACUUUGGGGGACCAACUAGAGAAUUUUUCACUUUACUUUUGGAUGAUUUCAAAAAGUCAGAUUUGAAUAUGUUCGAAGGGCAAGGAGGAUAUUUGUUACCAGUUUACAACAAGGCUGCUAUUGCCGGGGAAAUUUUCCAUGGAUUUGGAAAGACAAUUGUUAUCUCGGCGUUACAUGGUGGCCAAGGAUUUCCAUUUUUCCCGCCAUUUGUUUUGAGUUAUUUUCGUGGACGAGAGUAUGAGCAUGAAUUAAGUACAUUGUUCAUCGUAAACUCUUAUCUGAAGGAUUAUAUUGAUAAGAUUAAUGCUGCUGACUCCCAGGAAGAGUUAAACAGAACAAUCGGAGAAGAUACAGAGAGAUUUAUGGACAACUGUGGAUGGUCUUGUACAGACAUGGUCACUAUACGUAACAGGUUAUACUAUGUACAAACACUGCUGCAGUGGGACCUCGUGGACAAAAGAUCUACAUCGUUAAACGAAAUCAGACUUGGUCUUAACUGUCUCCAGUUUCUAGACAAAGUUAAACAACUACCUGAAUUUGAACAUUUGCUUCUUGUUCGGAGCAAACGUGUUACAACUGCUCAGUUCAUCAAAGAAAAAUUGACACCUCAAGUGCAUGUGUUAGAAACAGGAAACGCAGAUGAAGAAAAAGCAAAGAAGUUUACCUUGAAGUGCCUCGAUGAUCUAGAGGACAAGGAAGCAUCAAGGUUGUUUCAGUUCAUAACUGGUCUGGAUGACGUGCCAACUUACGACUUUUCUAUGGAAGUGGAUUUUAACAAGACACAUAAAAAAUCUAAGCUACCAGAAGCAGUAACUUGCAUUCAAAAACUUCUUAUACCACUAGGUAACAAAACUAUAUUGGAAUUUUAUAGUUCCUUUGGCAUUGCCUUGAAUUUUGGACGGAUUGGAUUCGACGAAAAUAUUUAAUCAUUAACAAAUGUAUCAAAGUUUGAUGUGCUGUCGUCAACACUCUCGAAGGCACACAACCGAUGAUUCAAUUUGGAAUGGUUAAACAGCUUCAAACAAUCAAAGGCAGUAUAAACAUUCUAUUUGCAAUAUUUAAAUUCAAUUUUCAAUAUAGAUAAAAACUUUCGUGUACAUUUUGAUGCUAUUGUAGUUAAAUGUAAGCUUAACUCAUUUUUUUGCUAUACAUCACUCAUAAGAUAUUAAAAAACAACAACCACCACCUUAUAUUGUAUUUUACUCAAACAGACAAUAAAUUGUGAAUAAAUACUAUAUCGUACAACUAUGUAUUAUACAAAAAGAUAGAAACACAUUUAUGUGUCAAACUUUCUGUAAAAAAUAAGACGACAAAGAAAAUGUUUACUUGUUUGACACAGCAUUUGUGAAAUAGACGUUUAAUUUUAUAUCAAAUUAAAAAAGAUAGCAAA